AUGGCCGAAAAAAAACUCAAAUAUAAUAAACAAGUUACUGAGAGCAGAGGAGACUCUUCGAUGCACAGAGUGCUGAAAGAAACUGGUAAUACGAGCAACUCGUCCGAUGGUCUUUAUUUUAAAUCUGAUGAUCAAUUGAAAGCGAACUCAGAAGAUCGCCUGACAUUGUUAUAUAGAGAAGGUAUUAAAAGACAAGCGAUGGAAGUUGAAUUGGCUGCCGAAAAGAAGCAAACUUGUGAAAUAUUUGAAUUUGAUGACAAAGUCGAACUAAAUGAAAACAUUCCUGGUGUCAACAUGGGCUUCCUCGAUCGUUUACUCCAUCAAUUAACGCGAAAACCACCUUCCGAAUCAGACUACUACAGUGAUGAUGUAUUCGAAGGUGGCGAACAGCGUGAAGUGAGAACUGUAUUCAACAGUUAUACAAGUACUGAUGAAACAGAAUCAACCUAUGAGCCGCCGACAUUUAUGGACACUAUACGUUCAUUUAUCGACGACAUUGUUGAAGAAGCAGAUGUUAUCCGUGGUGUCAUCGAUGAACGUGUUUUUGCCGACCGACGAAAGCGUCGAGCACAAUCUAUAUCGUCAUCAAUAAAUAGUGGACAAGUAACGUCUUUUUAA